GUGUGCUUGAAGAGGAGACAGAGGGGUGCUUUGUGCCUCUCCACCAGGUCAGCUCCCUCGAUCUCUCUUUCCCAUUCCCCCUCCUCUCUCGGUCGCUAUUCCUCCUUCCCACUCUUUCGUUCUCUAGCUCCCAGAGUUCACACAAACCUGGGUACUUAAAAGAUGCUAUCUCUGCUCUGCUCUUCGCUCCUGGUCAUUCUAGCUCAACAGGUAAGAGCUGCGACUUUCCUUUUCUCUUAACAAUAAUGAUGAGUUGUGUCUCCGCGGUCUCUGAUAGGACCAGGCUUGAUGUGAUACUCAACACCUGCUUUCUAGGGAGAACCAGGAAAAGGUGUUGACAACAAACCACAGAGAAAGGUGGUAGGGUUGAUCUCAAAGUAAGGCAUCAGUUGUACAGAUGUUAUUCACACCUUACAGUAUGUGGAACUUACGUUACUUUCUAGGUUAUGUUAUUUGAAUGAAAGUGUUUUCUUGGCCUUAUUUUAUGUUUACAACUUGAUUCAAGGUUUUGUUGUGAAUGAGUGGCCAAUUCCACAGUGGCAGGAAAUGACUAUUGAGGCUUGCUGAGUGAGGUAACGUGACAGUAAAGCCGCAGUCAAAAGGGUUCCCUUUACGUCACGUUUUAAAAAGACAUCCAUGGCAAAAGAGGGCAAGAGGUAUGAGGUUUGCUGUGCUUUUGAAAUGAACUCAUUCUGUAAACCUGGCAGAAAUGCUUCAGAUUUUUGGCAUAACCAAUCAAUCAUUCAAAUUUAUUUUAUAAAGCCCAUUUUACAACAGCAGUUGUCACAAAUUGCUAUACAGAAACCCAGCCUAAAACCCCAAAGAGCAAACAAUGCAGAUGUAGUGGCACGGUGGCUAGGAAAAACUCCCUAGAAAGGCAGGAACCUAGGAAGAAACGUAGAGAGGAACCAGGCUCCGAGGGGUGUCCAGUCCUCUUCUGGCUGUGCCGGGUGGAGACUAUAAGAGUAUGGUCAUUUAGUAGAGAAAAUAGUUGAGAUUGUAAUCAGGGGUUGGGAAAAUAUUUUUGUGUUAUAAUGGUUUUACAGGAUUGCAAAAACUGGGUACCUUGCCCUUGUCAAUAUCUCCGUUUUUAUUGUCAGAAAGAGCAUGUCUAAGAUCACACAGGACACCGGAUAGGACAGACUAGCCCUUGCCCCCGGCACAUAGGCUAUUGCAGCAUAGAUACUGGGGACUGACACAGGGGGCAACCAAGCAGGAUAUAACCACACUCACUUCGCCAAAGCACAGCCCCCACACCACCAAAGGGAAAUCAACAGACCACUAACUUACUACCCUAAGACAAGGCAGAGUGAAGCCCACAAAGAUCUCCUUUACUGUACGAGCCCGAGGGUUCGUAAAAACGGACAGAAAGAUCACGUCAGUGAGUCAAGCCACUCAAGUCGAGUAUAGCAAAAAAGCCUGGCAUGUCGUGAUGCGUCCUAGAGAUGGCAUGGGAGCCCCCCUGUAAUAGGGUCAGAGGCUAGGCAGAGACAGCAAGGGUGGUUUGUCACUCCAGUGCCUUACCGUUCACCUUCGCACCCCUGGGCCUGACUACACUCAAUAGUAGGACCUACUGAAGAGUUGAGUCUUCAGUAAGGACUUCAAGAUUGAGAGACCGAGUCUGCGUCUCUUACAUGGAUCGGCAGACCAUUCCAUAAAAAUGUAGCUCUAUAGAAAUACUAGGACAAUAAGGAGGCCUGCGUCUUGUGACCAUAGAAUACGUGUUGGUAUGUACGGCAGGACCAAAUCAGAGAGAUAGUAGGGGCAAGUCCAUGCAAUGCUUUGUAGGUUAACAGUAAAACCUUGAAAUCAUCCCUAGACUUAACAGGAAGCCAGUUCCUGUUAAGGAAGCCAUAUUACUCCAGAGGCUAGCACUGGAGUAAUAUGAUCAAAUUUUUUGGUUCUAGUCAAGAUUCUAGCAGCUGUAUUUUACAGUAACUGAAGUUUAUGUAGUGCCUUAUACGGGCAGCCGUAGAGUACAGCAUUACAGUAAUCUAAUAUUAAAAGCAUGGAUGUGCCUUUCUGCAUACUUUUUGGACAAAAAGUAUCAGAUUUUUGCAAUGUUACUAAGAUGGAAAAAUAACUGCUCUUGAAAUACUUCUGUAAAAAAGAUAUGAAGGAUAUUGGUUUAUAAAGUUGGUUUAUCUUUAGUAAAAAGAUUUACAGCUUUGCCGUUCUUUUCUUUUUAUUUAAAAAUCAUCUUAUUAAAAUAUAUUCUACAUGUGAUAAGGACACACAGAGGGCCAGAGAGAACAGACACUUAUGAUCAUCUGAAGUACCCCAAAAGGCCAAUAGAUGUCAUCUGAUAAAAUCCAUACAUUCCUUAAAAGUAACCAAAAUUCUGGUAGUUUACUGGUAAAUUUAGAAAGUUUCCAAUAAUAUACUCUCCCUUUGCAACCCUAAUCAUAGUCAAUGGGCAUUUCAUUGACUCACUCCCUUCUUCCAUUGAGUUGUCCCUUUUUUAAAUAAUACAUUUGAAAUCUGUGCUAUAGAAUUUCCAUAUCCUGGAACAGAAAUGAAUUGCUCCCAGUUAAACUGACCUAAAUAGUGCGACUUACUGCUAAUGUACAAGGAGCUACUUGUUUAUGUCUGAGGGCUGAAGAGAUUUUUCGAGAGCUCCAUGUUCUGUUUCUUGAUUAAUAAUAAGCCAUUGCUGAUACUGGAAUGAAAAAGACAAAAAUGGUAAAGUAAUCUACACAGGAAUGUAUAAUAAUAAUAAUAUGCCAUUUAGCAGACGCUUUUAUCCAAAGCGACUUACAGUCAUGCGUGCAUUCAUAUAUUUUUUUUUUGUGUAUGGGUGGUCCCGGGGAUCGAACCCACUACCUUGGCGUUACAAGCACCGUGCUCUACCAGCUGAGCUACAGAGGAUGAUAUAUUGUGUGUACCAAAAUGCUCAUCUGAAUUAUAUCACUAUUAAUACUGAUAUAAUUGAUAUAAUUUUUUGCCUCUUAUCUUUUUAUCGUUGUUCGUAGCCUGUUGACUGUUGUGAAUGUUCUGAAAAUUUUACCUUAGGUGACUUCUUGGUGAACUUUAAACUUUAUCAAGAAUUGACCAAAGGCAAAACUAUAUGAAGUCACAUAAGGCUACACUUUAAAUCGCAGGCACUGUUACCUAUUGGGUAACAACUACCUUUGACUACAUAUCCAUAACACAUUUACAGUAUUACACAUCUAUAAGUAUUUCAUUAACAUUUUAUAACAGGUCCCAACCGCAUUAUUAAAGGUUAAUGAAAUACUUCCAUAGCAUAUCUAUAGCGGAUUCAUGUCAUGCUAUGCAAGAGCUCAUAUUUAGGCAUCAUUACAAUGAAAGUGUAGCGUCAUUGUUAUGGCAGUUUUUUAAUAUAAAAGAGUGCUUCUGCAUACCAGUGUUAGUCAAUAGGACAAACCAUGUUUUGUAAAUUAUGCUGAUAUACACUACCAGUCAAAGGUUUAGAACACCUACUCAUUCAAGGGUUUUUGUUUAUUUUUACUAUUUUCUACAUUGUAGAAUAAUAGUGAAGACAUCAAAACUAUGAAAUAACACACAUGGAAUAAUGUAGUAAUCAAAAAAGUGUUAAACAAAUCAAAAUAUAUUUUAUAUUUGAGAUUCUUCAAAUAGCCACCAUUUGCCUUGAUGACAGCUUUGCACACUCUUGGCAUUCUCUCAACCAGCUUCAUGAGGUAGUCACCUGGAAAGCAUUUCAAUUAACAGGUGUGGCUUGUUAAAAGUUAAUUUAACUUCAAUUAAAAGUUAAAUCACUGUCUGUGAUUUAUUUAGAAUUCAAGGCACACUUAACCAGCAAGGCUACCACAGCAUUCUGCAGCGAUACGCCAUCCCAUCUGGUUUGGGCUUAGUGGGACUAUCAUUUGUUUUUCAACAGGACAAUGACCCAACACACCUCCAGGCUGUGUAAGGGCUAUUUUACCAAGGAGAGUGAUGGAGUGUUGCAUCAGAUGACCUGGCCUCCACAAUUCCCCGACCUCAACCCAAUUGAGAUGGUUUGGGAUGAGUCGGACGGCAGAGUGAAAGAAAAGCAGCCAACAAGUGCUAAGCAUACGUGGGAACUCCUUCAAGACCGUUGGAAAAGCAUUCCAGGUGAAGCUGGUUGAGAGAAUGCCAAGAGUGUGCAAAGCCGUCAUCAAGGCAAAGGGUGGCUUGCCUCAUAUUGGCUCACAAGUCGGUUUUGUUGCUAAACAACCAACCCACCUAUAGGCCCGUGACUUACCUUCUUCUUCUUCUUCUUCUUCUUCUUCUUCUUCUUCUUCUUCUUCUUCUUCUUCUUCUUCUUCUCACAGAGGUCAAUGGUGCAUGUUGAAUCCUCAGGGUAAAUUUUACAGAUCAAUUUGUGUAGUUGAGGGUCAUAAUAUAACUUUUUCGUAACUCAUUACAGUUAUUUUCAAUCAUUUUGGCAAGUUUUCAGAUGUAAGUAGAAUAUUUUAAAAACUCUAAGUACAAAAGUCUAAACUGAUAAGACUUGCAAUGCCCCUUAUCUUAUGUUCAGAACCUUCACUUGUGCAUUCACUCAUGAGUCAUUAAUGCAAAAUCUAUGUUUUCCGUGAAAUACCAUGAGAAUAUUUAGUUUAGUCACCAAUACAACAAAUAAUGAAAGGCUCACCAUUUAGUCAUUUUAACUACCAUUGAAUCCAAGAGCAAAAAAUACAAGAUACACAUUUCAAAACUGUUCUUUUUGAAGUGCUGAAUAUAAACAAUAGUAGAUGGUAUCAUUUUCCAUACAGUAUUUUACGAUAACUUGACAUUUUUUAAAUAAUUUGUAUGCAAUGGCAGGUUGUGAGCAUGUUGAGAAAUAUGUCAGUCUUAGUUUCAUUAUCCUUUUACAGUACAUACAUAGGACAAAUCAUUAGAAAUAAGGGUAUUGUAGAGCAGUUGGCUACUGUAAAAACGUAGCACGGUGUUGUAAGCCAUAACUGCCCCGAUUUAACAUUGUACAAGAUCACCUUUCUACGCGACUUGUCAACUGAUACAGUAUUGCCUGUCAGCUUAGUGUAUCAAUAAAAUCCAUAUAAUUAAUGGAAUAUAUUGUUAUAUACAACCCAGGUAUUUCAACAAUGCAUCGUACACUACACUAUAAUCCCAAAGGGUAGCACACAGUGACGCUUUCCACUUUGUCCUAUUGAAACAAUGGAGAAUGAUGAAGUAGUAUUUACAGCCACAUCCAUAUAUGAUUUGGUUUUACCUUCCAACAUAAAUUAUUGUCUAAUUGAUCCAUUUAUAGAAUUGUGUGAUAGUUAAUUGUAUUGUUAACAAAUGACAAGAAAAUCAUAUCAAAAGUAAAGUGAAUUUUGAAAAGAAGAUACUUAGAUUGAAUAUAUAUCCAAAUUGAAAGAGUGAUUUGGUGCAGUGAACAAGUGACUUUGUGGAUUUGUUUGCUGUACUCAGCAAAUAAAAAUGUGCUUAGAGUUUUGAAACAUGAGCCACUUUGAUGAUCUGUUUAGAUUUUGGUGCUUAGUUGUGAAAAUGUACCACGUACUUGUGGAAAUUGCACCAAAGUGAUUGAAAAAAACUGUAACAGCCCUCCUCCACAUCACAAUUAGGCCUAAAAUGGUCAUACUGCUUUAUAACGCACACAUGAAGGGUCUAUGUAUGAAUUCUAUGCAGUCAAAGUAAAGUCAAAUCUAUUUUCCCAUUCAUAAAGCAUUUAUAGCUAAGCACUUCAUGGUAAUUAAUGCUGCGUUCACGUGCUAUCGGUAGCUCCUAGUGCCCAGUGGGAAAUUUCACUUGAAUGACCCUCCAAGUCAGAAUUAAAAGUGGGAAACUGAGAAAAUGUUGUUACCUGAUUUGCUGAGUUGUGACAUUUCACCACUGACUUGUUUUACCCUUUCAACCAAAAACUGACAACAAAUAAGUUUGACAAUUACAACCUUAUCAAUAUGGAUAAUGUAGCUAGUCUGACCAUAUUGUCAAUGUUAAGCAAGCUAGAUAACAUUAUUUUUAGCAAUGUUAGCAACUUUAUCAAGCUGGCUAAAAUGUUCCGACUUCAAAAGCACUUGAACACAAUUAUGUCUGAUUUACCACUUCCCAGUUUCCCAUUUCUCACGAGCAUGUGAAGCCAGCAUACCUGUGCAGUUUGCCAACAUUGAAAGGACUAUGAAUUCUAUGCAGUUAAUGUACUGUCAUUUCUAUUUUCCCAUUUAUAAAGCAUUUAUAAACAUGCCACGCUUAUAAAAAAUUAUACAGACACCACAGAUUAAGCAGGUUGAGAGAAUGCCUAGAGUGUGCAAAGCUGUUAUCAAGGCAAAGGGUGGCUAUUUGAAGAAUCUCAAAUAUAAAAUAUAUUUUGCUUUGUUUAACACUUUUUUGGUUACUACAUGAUUCCAUAUGUGUUAUUUCAUAGUUUUGAUGUCUUCACUAUUAUUCUACAAUGUAAAAAAUAGUAAAAAUAAAGAAAACCCUUGAAUGAGUAGGUAUUCUAAAACUUUUGACCAGUAGUGUACAUUUUCUUCAUAUCAUAAUGUUUCUUUAGACCUGCCUAAAACAAAUAAUGGAUUUAUUGUGAUGGUGUAUAUUAAAUUGAGUUGGACUCAUUUUAAAUGUAGAUGUUCCAAAGGUGCAUAUCAGUAGCUUGUAUGCGGCUUGUAGCCUAUGCAUGGAGGCCUGGAGAUGCUAAAUGUGUUUAUGUUAAUUAUGGUCAAUUACCGUGAGACCGGCAUUCUUUUGCAUGACAAUAACCUUCUGACAAAAUGACAUGACCGUCACAGCCCUAGUUUGGCCUAUAGACAUAUUCACUAACACUGUUAUGGCAGAAGCACACUUUUGAGAACAGCCAUAAUGAUGACACUACGGUGUCAUUGCAAUUAUGCAUCUAUUAAGAUACCUAAAUAUAAGCUCUUGCAUAGCAUGACAUGAAUGCACUAUAGAUAUGCAAUGGAUAUAGCUAAUUAACAUUUCAUAAUGUGGUUACGACCUGUUAAAAAAGUGAAUGAAAUGCUUAUAGAUGUGUAAUGAAUGCAUUAUGGCUAUGUAGUCAAAGUAAAUUGUUACCCUGUUAAUUCCACCUCCCAAGCAGUGGUAUUUUACCCAUAACCCUACAAGAACCCUGUCCUUCCUUCCCUCCAGUCUCUAUGCAGGGCUCAGAACCAUGGUGGGCAGCUGUCUGCUCCGCGAGGCGGCAAGGCCGUGUUGGAGAGGAAACAGUUCUGCCAGUGGCCAUGUAAGUGCAAGGCCAAGCCCCAGUGUGCUCCGGGGGUCAGCUCUGUGCUGGAUGGCUGUGGCUGCUGUAAGAGCUGUGCCCGGCAGAUAGGAGAGGCCUGCAACGAGAGGGACAUCUGUGACCCCCACAAGGGCAUGUACUGCGACUUCUCUAAAGACCAGCCGCGAUAUGAGGUCGGAGUCUGCGCUUGUGAGUGAACGUUUCAUUUCAUAUGUUACCCCUUCGGGCUAUUCAUAGAGUUAAAAGUCAAUGUAUGACAAUUACAUUUUUUCAGAGGGGGCAGGAGCUGGAUUGUGCAAAAGGACUCAGCUACUUCAAAGAACUGGCUAGAAACUGUACUACAGCUAAAUACUUUAAUCCCAUGCCACUCACUCAGGAUUGGAGAUUUGCAUAAACCUGUAGUUCCAUGGGAUUGGUUGACUCAUUUACCUAUGGUCUCUUUGAUCAUCAAAAUAACCCAUUAGGUCACACACACACACAUAUAAAUCAGGCAAACAACCCAUGGCCAACCACACUAAUAGAAACACACUAAGACCAGAAGAAUGCUGCAAGCACUGCAUAGGCCAGUCAACCGAGUUGUGUUCAGUUUCCCCAUCUCCUUCUCUGUAGACUUGAUGGCAGUCGGUUGUGACCUGAACGGGGUCCACUAUGAGAACGGCGAGGCCUUCCAGCCCAGCCCACUGUAUAAAUGCACGUGCAUCGCGGGAGCCAUCGGCUGCACCCCGGCCUUCAUCCAGAAGCCCACUGAUUUCCUGGGUCCUGCCCCUCUGAGGAGCAACGCACCCCUGCCAGCUGGCCUCCAGAGCGCCCCCGGUGCCUCCAGAAAACACCAGCAGGACACAACCAACAUGGCCGCCAUGCCAGGUGUGUGUUUGCAGGGAAAACCAGAGCCAGAACCGCUAGCUUGUCUGCCCUGGAAUGCUAAUUGCUGUAUAAUAUGGAUGGAAAGAGUGAGGCAGAGGGCGUUUUGAUUACUUUGGCUGGGAAGUGCAGAGAGAGGAUGGAGUGUGGCUGACUGACUGUGGUUAGCCACGCAGAGGGAGUAGGGUGGAUGGUUCCAGUCAUGCACAAACAUCCAUAGAGAGAGCUCUAGCUCACAUUCCAUCAAAAGCACCAAUGCCUCUUUUAAGUAUGCUUCUUUGAUAUAUUUGAGUAAAUGUUCGCUUUGCUUGGCUUGAAAAACAAGAAAGUCCUGCUUUCUAGCGAAUCUGAAAGGUUAGCUGUCACUAGGUCUUGAUGUUUUUGAUAUUGCCAACACACAAAUCAAAUAUAUUUGCAAUCACUGACUUCAAACCUUACAAAGAGGCAAUUGAAACCAUCUUGACAUCAUGACCUGCCUAAAGAUAAUUUCUCUCCAACUGGGUUAUCCAAUCAUCUUUAGCAGGCAGAAUGACUGAGGACCGAUGGCUCUUGAUUCACUCUGAAUAGCAUGUGCUCUGUAGCAGCAUGGCGGCGUACAGGCGGGUUCCUUCCUCUAGCGAUGCCCUUUAAUACUGUAAUACCGAAAGCUUACAGGGAUCCUCCUUUAGCCUGGAAGAAGAACUGCCUGAUCCAGACCACUCCGUGGAGCCCCUGCUCCAAGACCUGCGGCCUGGGUAUCUCAGUCCGGGUCAACAAUGACAACGGCAAGUGUGAGAUGAGGAAGGACCGCCGCCUCUGCCUGCUGCGGCCGUGUGAGAAGAGCAUCAUGAAGACCGUCAAGGUGACUGCCCACUGACCAGCCAGGCUCUCUCUGUGGGUUGAUGAUGCAUUGUCCAGAUGGUGAUGAUGGGUGAAAUGUAAAAUAAAUGACUUGUAUGCCCACAACACCGUGAUAUUUCUAAUUCUGAAAUAUGAAAUGUGAUUUAUUUAGAAUUCAAGGCACACUUACCCAGCAAGGCUACCACAGCUUCUGCAGCGAUACGCCAUCCCAUCUGGUUUGGGCAACUCAAUUGAAUCAUGUAUUAACCAAAAACAAGUAUUAAACAAAUCAAAAUAUAUUUUAUAUUUGAGAUUCUUCAAAGUAGCCACCCUUUGCCUUGAUGACAGCUUUGCACACUACUGGCAUUCUCUCAACCAGCUUCACCUGGAUUGCUUUUCCAACAGUCUUGAAGGAUAUGUGCUCAUAUGCUGAGCACUUGUUGUUGCUUUUCCUUCACUCUGGGGUCCAACUCAUCCCAAACCAUCUCAAUUGAGUUGAGGUUGGGUGAUUGUGGAGUCCAGGUCAUCUGAUGCAGCACUCCAUUACUCUCCUUCUUGGUCAAAUAGCCCUUACACAGCCUGGAGGUGUGUUGGGUCAUUGUCCUGUUGAAAAUCAAAUGACAGUCCCACUAAGCGCAAACCAAAUGGGAUGGCGUAUCGCUGCAGAAUGCUGUGGUAGCCAUGCUGGUUAAGUGUGUCUUGAAUUCUAAAUAAAUCACUGACAGCGUCACCAGCAAAGCACCCCCACACCUCCUCCUCCAUGCUUCACGGUGGGAACUACACAUGCAGAGAUCAUCCGUUCACCUACUCUGCAUCUCACAAAGACACAGCAGAUUUCCACCGGUCUAAAUGUCCAUUGCUCGUGUUUCUUGGCCCAAGCAAGUUUCUUAGUCCUUUAGUAGUGGUUUCUUUGCAGCUUUUAGACCAUGAAGGCCUGAUUCACACAGUCUCCUCUAAACAGUUGAUGUUGUGAUGUGUCUGUUACUUGAACUCUGUGAAGCAUUUAUUUGGGCUGCAAUUUCUGAGGCUGGUAACUCUAAUGAACUUAUCCUCUGCAAUAGAGGUAACUCUGGGUCUUCCUUUCCAGUGGCGGUCCUCAUGAGAGCCAGUUUCAUCAUAGCGCUUGAUGGUUUUUGCGACUGCACUUGAAACAUUUUUCAAAGUUCUUGACAUUUUCCAGAUUGACCGUCCUUCAUGUCUUAAAGUAAUGAUGAACUGUCCUUUCUUCUUGCUUAUUUGAGCUGUUCUUGCCAUAAUAUGGACUUGGUCUUUUACCAAAUAGGACUAUCUUCUGUAUACCAACCUUACCUUGUCACAACACAACUGAUUGGCUCAAACGCAUUAAGGAAAGAAAUUCCACAAAUUAACUUUUAAGAAGGCACACCCGUUAAUUGAAAUGCAUUCCAGGUGACUACCUCAUAAAGCUGGUUGAGAGAAUGCCAAGAGUGUGGAAAGCUGUCAUCAAGGCAAAGGGUGGCUACUUUGAAGAACCUCAAAUAUAACAUCUUUUGAUUUGUUCAACACUUUUUUGGUUACUACAUGAUUCCAUAUGUGUUAUUUCAUAGUUUUGAUGUCUUCACUAUUAUGUAGAAAAUAGUAAAAAUAUAGAAAAACCCUGGAAUGAGUAGGUGUGUUCAAACUUUUGACUGGUACUGUGUGCAGUAAUCAGGCCUGGGUGUGGCUAGAGGAAAUGAACUCAGGUGUGAUAAACCACAGUUGAGUUGUGUUAUAACAGGGGGGGCAAACACUUUUUCACACAGGGCCAUGUGGGUUUUGAUUUUGUUUCCCUUAAUAAUAACAACCUUCAUUUCAAAACUGCAUUUUGUGUUUACUUGUGUUAUCUUUGACUAAUAUUUAAAUUUGUUUGAUGAUCUAAAACAUUUAAGUGUGACAAAUAUGCAAACAAAUAAUAAAUCAGGAAGGGGGCAAACACUUUUUCACACCACUGUUUAUAUAUAUAGAUUAUUUUUUUUAUAUACAAAUGUUGAAACAUUUGUAUAGAGUAUUGUGUAGAUCUUUCACCCAAAAAAAUACAAAUCCAUUUUAACACAACAAAAUAUGGAAAAAGUCAAGGGGUGUCAAAACUUUCUGAAGGCACUGUAUGUUCACCAAAGGAGAGCAGAAGUAGUAUGAUAGGGUUUCUAUCAAUCAUAUGACAAGAGAAGAUCUAACAAAUGUCCCCUUUCCCUCUAGAUGCUGAGAGGAAAGACGUGUAAGCCCAAGUUCCAGGCUAAGAAAGCAGAGAAGCUGACCCUGUCUGGGUGCACCAGCACCAAGAGUUUCAAACCCACUUACUGUGGCAUCUGCACUGACAAGCGCUGUUGCGUCCCCAACAAAUCCAAAAUGGUGACCGUCAACUUCAAGUGCAAGGGCGGCUCCAACGUGCGCUGGAAGAUGCAGUGGAUAACGGCCUGCGUGUGCCAGAGGAAGUGCAAUGACCCCGGGGACAUGUUUGCAGAGCUACGCUUCCUCUAGCACCUUCUCCAGCAUCUAUAUCAACCUCAGAGCCAUAUGCACACCCACAGACUAACACAGGCCUGGCCUAACUGCCUCGGUCUCUGUCCGAGUCAUGGUAGUUGGGUGGACAGGGCUGAGCUGGUCACGGUUCGGCCUGGUCCUGAAGUGCUACUAAACAGUGCCUGUGUUCUCUGGCGAUAUGCCAAUGGGCUGAUAUGGAAUAUUUAAACGUGGAACCUCAACUCAUGAAGACUGGAGAGAGACAACUUGUUCUGGGUAUAUUGCUUGACAAUUAACAUGAAGGGAAAUGUAAUGUAAGUGAUGACAAUGUGGGGUUAGACCUCAAUUCUAUGGUUUUAACAGCACCUCAUUAACAGUAAGGCUGUCAGUGAGGACAGUAGUGGCAACAGGAAUAGAUAGAGCAAACAUGCUCUGGGUCAGUCAUCUUAAUUAAUAUUUUUUAUGAUCUAGAGAACCACUGAUCAUACCCCUUAUCAACACCAAACACAGUGUUGUACCAGCUGGAUCACAAUACAUCUUCCUACCAGUUAAUUCACAACCAAGUUAGCACCACAAUACCUCAUACAAUCGCAUGUUCACUCUGAUUCACUAGAGAUUUAGAUACAGAAUCAAAAUCAAUAAAAUGAAGUGUUAGUAUUAUUUUUUGUUAGUAUUGUUGAUCUUCUGUUUCAAGGCAUACAUAUUCAUAACUCAGUUAUUCAUUGUAAUUUAUUUUAAUGGAUGAGGAAUAUCAUUUAGAUACAAAGGUGUAAGAAAUCCUUUGUAACUUAUAAAAAAAAUAAAAAAAAUAAACCAGCUAUUAAUCAAAUUACAGUACUAUUUUCUGCUAAUA